AUGAUUAUAACAAGACAUUCAACAGGAAAUAGUGUGCUUAUUCCUCGCAUCCCCAUCAUAUCUUCAGACAUUCCGUUUCAGUUUAAAGGUUUUCAGUUUCCUGUUCGACUUAGUUUUGCGAUAAGUAUAAAUAAAUCUCAGGGACAAUCUUUAAAAGUCGUUGGUCUUGACUUACAGAAGCCUUGCUUUUCACAUGGACAGCUUUAUGUUGGCUGCUCAAGAGUUGGUGACGAAAAGAACUUAUAUUUGUUGUCACCAAAUGGAAAAACUAAAAAUAUUGUUCAUAAAGAAGUUUUACAAGAAUAG